GCCCGGGACUGCGGCGGCUCAGCUGUGCCAGCCUGGGGGAUGCCGUGGGUACCAGUGAGAUGAGGCAGAAUCGUUUUUAAGGGUGCUGCGGCAGCCCUGGGUACAGGGUGUAUUGCCCAGACGGCUUGUCAACCCGCAACGAUGAGCCGCCACGACGUAAUCGUUACACGCACUGAGGAAAGAUACUACGAUAAUGGCGCAGCCUACUCUCUCCUCUGACUCGGAGCUACUGCACCCGUACUGAUUCGUGCACCUUAGGCUCGACACACCAACAGAUCAUCUCACUAUGGCGCACGGCACGCGGCUCCCCGACGAAUUUCGCCACUGCAGCCCCACUCGCUCCCCUGUCGCCUUGCCACGUCGGCGACGAUGCGCCCCGCGCCCCGCGCACCCGCGAACCGCGGCGAAGCGCGAAGCACGGGGAGCAGCCAUCCAUUCAGCGGCAGCGGCGGCCCACGCGGUGCGCGGUGCGCGGCUGAUGGAGCUUAUCACUCCAUUUCAUUAAACGGGGGGAAAAU